AUGAGAGCAGGACAUCGGGGAGUGGCAACGAAGUUGGUCCUAAAAGUGAAAGAACGAUUGUCCGAAGAGAAUGCAGAAGACAAUCAUGUUCAGUGGAUCCUUCAAAGCAUUGAUAGCUUGAAGGAAAAAAGAGAAACGCUUAAGAAACUAAACGAAGCAGUAUUGGAGCUACUGAUGGAUGUCGAAGAAGCUGACAUCGAAAAAGAAAUAGCAGAAUGCGACGAAUGCAGUGCAGAGAUCGGCGAGUUAAUUAUAAAGCUAGACGAAUUGAGGAUUUCCAAGCAGAGUGUACCUCAAGUCCCGAGUCUAAACGAGUCAGUCAACUCUUCGACUUCUCACAAAGUCAACAGAGUAAAGUUACCGAAGUUGGAGGUAACAAAGUUUGAUGGAACUGUUCAUAAGUGGCGAGAGUUCUGGGACACGUAUGAGAGCUCUAUCGACAAGAACGAAGAACUUUCUGAUGUCGAUAAGUUCGCGUAUCUCCGUGGGCUUCUUGAGGGAACAGCGAAGUCAACCAUAGCAGGGUUUUCGCUGACAGCGGCCAACUAUGGUUCCGCAGUUGAACUACUGAGGAAUAGAUACGGGAACACGAGUGUUAUUCAGAGAGCACAUAYCAAAGAGCUGAUGAAUCUACAACCCGUCUUCAAUGACCGCGAUAUCUCACGACUGAGGAGGCUGUACGACCAAUGCGAAACCCAUUUCAGGGGACUAAAAGCACUGGGCGUUAACGAACGGUCAUACGAAGCAAUUGUUGUGCCGGCCAUAAUGGAGAAGUUGCCUGAAUCAUUUAGGCUGACCAUAACAAGGGGAUGCGAAUUUCUAACGUGGAACAUGAACGACAUGUUAAAGGGUUUUUUUUAG